CUCAGCUGUUGGCUGCAUCAUCCAACCAAGCCACCCCAAAGCUCCUGGGGGUCGCGGCCGAGACGCAAUCGCAACCAACUUGCCGCUGCCAACGCCGACAAACAAGCCGGCAUCAUCACCACAACCAUGAAGCUAUCCACGGCAACAGCAUUGCUCGCCUGCGCGGUGUCGCAAGCGCGGGCCUUUUCCGAUUCCUCUCCCUUCGUCCUCCUCUCCACAGCCAAACUAUCCACCCCGCCGUCGACCUCCCAGCUCCAAACCGCCUCCCAUGUCCUCAGCACCGCUAAAUCCCUGCUCGCGUCAUGCCCGACCAAGCGCUACCUGCUCGUGUCGCAGCCCAACAUGCACGCGGCCGACAUCCGCGAGGGCGAUGGCAGCGACGCCUGCCGCAUGCCCAACCUGUGCCGCGCCGCGGGCCGCGACGACGUCAACAGCUGGGCCGUGGCCGAGACCAUUGGCCGCGUGUCGGGCCAGCCGCUCGAGGAGUACAUCGCGCAGACCUGCGGGGAGGGCGUCAGCGUGCAGCGGGUCGGGCUGAAGCAGCUGCCCGCUGCGUCUGACCGUGCCGGCGCGGAGGGCGCGAGGGAGGAGGUGCUGGGGGAUAACGAUCACGAGUUGGGCAAGCUGCUUGAUUCGCUUGACGGCGAGGACUACACCGUCGUGGUGUUCUCGGACCCGAGCGAGUUCAAGGCGUACGAGCCCGAGUUUAGCGGCCCCGUGCACAUGGACAUGAAGCGCUCCGCCUCGGCCGAGCGCCAGUUCGUGGCCAGAUCGCAGUCGAACUCGACCGACAACCGGCCGCUGUUUGAGAAGUACCAGUUCUUCACACCCGGCAUUUUCAUGUCCUUUAUCGUCCUGGCCGUGGUUCUGGCCAUCUUGACCGUUGGCCUCAAGGCGCUGGCGAGCCUCGAAGUCUCUUACGGCGCGUUCGAUAAGGAUAUGGGCCCGGCUGCCCAGAAGAAGCAGAUGUAGAAUAGCGUGUGGCGAUAUUGUGUCGGUGAAUGCGGUUUGGUUUUCUGGAUCGUCUGUAGCAUAGCUACCUGGGCUGGAGUUAGUUGGUUUGAGCAUAAUUGUAGCAUCAAUGUCUAGACUUUUGCGGAA